UAUUUAGUUCACGCACAUUCUCUUAUCUAGCUUCAUUAAAGCAGCCUUCUAUACCAGUGUGUAUAAAGGUUGCUUCCGAAACAGGGAAAAUUAAAAGCACUCUCGCGAAUUUUAAAAUAAUAGCUUUUAAUAAAUAAUUAUUAAUAAUGAAGCUACUUUAUGUUCUUCUUAUCGUUUUCGUUUACAUCAAUGGAUCACUAGGAAAUGACAGUGCAACAAGAUCAUGUAUAGUAGGUAAUAUAGCUGCUGAUGAAAAUGCGACAAAACAUUGGUUGGAUAUGGAUAAAAAUUGUAUUAAAAGUUUGGAAUCUCAGGUGAAUGUUGAAAUUAAAGCUGCAAUGACUUAUCUUGCAAUGGGUGCUCAUUUUGCUCUUGAUGUAAUUAAUCGACCUGGAUUCAGCAAAUUCUUUUUUGAAUCUGCUACAGAAGAAAGAGAACAUGCAAUAAAAGUUCUUGAAUAUUUAUUAAUGCGUGGUCAAUUAACUAAUAUUAAUGAGGAUAAUGUUCUUUUAAGAUUUCCUUUGGAAGCAGAGAUUGAGAAUUGGAAUAGUGGUUAUAAAGCUUUGAAAAAAGCUCUUAAAUUAGAAACAAGUGUUACAAAAAAAAUUCGUGAAUUAAUUAAAACAUGUGAACAUCCAAAUGACUUAAAUUUAGUUGAUUAUCAUUUGGUAGAUUAUCUCACUGGAGAAUUUUUAACUGAACAAUAUAAAGGACAGCGUGAUCUUGCUGGUAAAAUUUCAUCUUUAGGUAAAAUGAUACAAACACAUGGAAUGUUAGGAGAGUUUCUAUUUGAUAAAAAACUUUUAAACAAUGAAAUUUAAUUUGUAUUUGAAGCAAAAAAAAAUUUACUUUAAUAAGUAAAAUUAUGACCAUAUUUAAAAUAAAGUAUAUAACUUCGUUUGAUUUAAUUUU